UACCCCGUCCAGCCGUGCUCUGUGCUGCUGCUGGUGGUGCUCGUCUCCGUCUCCCCCACCAAAGAAUACCGGGCACACCAAAGCCCGACAUUCCCUCGUGCUCCGAGAAUUCACGCCCGCUCCUCCUUCGCCCGAGGCAAGCAACCACUCUCUCACCCCCCCCCCCCCAAACCCUAGCGAGCGAGCGAGCUCCUCCCUUCCCCCUGCUCCGGGCGAGCGUUCUCGGGAGGGGUUCGGGUGGCAGAUGGGCUCCGACUCCAAGGAGUUGCUCGGGAUCGAGCCGCUCGAGCUGCGGUUCCCCUUUGACAGCCUCUCAUUCCCUGCUCGUGUCGAGACGAAGAAGCAGAUCUCGUGCUCCAUGCAGCUGACGAAUAGAACAGAUGACUACAUCGCCUUCAAGGUGAAGACAACUAGCCCAAAGAAGUACUGUGUCAGGCCGAAUAGUGGCAUUGUGCCGCCUCGAUCCACCAGCGAUGUCAUCGUAUCAAUGCAAGCCCCACGAGAGGCACCGGCAGACAUGCAGUGCAAAGACAAGUUCCUCGUGCAGAGCGUUGUGGUGACUGAGAGCACAACAACCAAGGAUGUGACUGCAGAUAUGUUCAACAAAGGAUCAGGCAAUGUGGUGGAUGAGAGGAAGCUGAAGGUUGUCUAUGUGCAACCACCACGGCCACCGUCCCCCGUGCGGGAGGGAUCUGAAGAAGGCUCGCCUCCUCGACCUUCAUUAUCAGAAGGGGGCAACUUGAAUUAUCAAGACGCUACAAGAGCACACAAGGAUCCAGAAGAUGUAACAUCUGAUUCUGAGACAUCUGCUUUGGUUUCAAGAUUGACAGAAGAAAGAAACUCUGCUAUUCAGCAGAACAAUAAGCUUCUAGAGGAGAUGGACCUUGUGAGGAGGGAAAUCAGCAAGCAAAAUGGUGGUUUCCCAUUUGUGUUCGUGGUGGUCAUUGCUCUUCUGGGAAUUCUACUGGGGUACGUCAUCAAGAGAUAGACGAGCUUGUGUAGUUGUGUGUCUUCUUGUUAGGCCUUUUCCCUCUUGAAUUGAGCUGCCGUCUCAUUUUCUGAUGCAUUUGCUUACAUGUUACAUACUACUACCACAUAGCAAUUCAUCCUAGGAUCAGAUAUGUUCUGUAAUUGCGUGCUUCAGAUUGGCUGGCUACCAUACACAGUCAAUAACUGAUCUCCUUAACAUUUAGUUUCGAGUUAGCCUGUGCAAUUAAGAAGUUUGUGCAUCGAUUUCUUUUGUACAACUGUGAACUUUCUUCCAAUUAACUAGCGUGCCGAUUGCCUGAUUCUAUGUUUCUGAGCAAAUGAGCCCGGUUCA